UAUAUCACCCCCCCCGUCACCCAAGAGCUACAUCUUCCCAUUUCUCACCGCCGAAUCAUUUUGUGGGUUUUCAGAUUCUAUUCCCCAACUCUUUUUCUUCAAAGGCUUCUUGCUUUUUUCUUCUUCUUUUUUGUUUCUUCUUCUCCUUUCUACACCCUUUCUCUUUGGAAUUUGGAUAUUGGGCUUAGCGAUAAGCUGACGUAAAUUAAGGGGUCAGUUAUGUGCUACAAUAUGAUGGAUUGCCAUGUGGAACUUAAAUUAUUGCCCCAAAUAGAUGAAAUAUGUUCCUUACUUUGAUUCAAGGAUGAAAAUUGAGGCAAGUCCUGCCUUAGCAAUUCCGGGUUCAAAUGCAAGGCAGCAUAAUAGUGCAGGGGUAAAUAAAGAAAUAUCUAAAUCAUUAAGAGUGUUGCUGCCUACUUCUUUGGAGGAGGUAUAUCCUAAGUUGCCAGAUUCUCAACAGGUUUCGAUGGAACGAGAGCUGGUUUCAAGGCCACUUGUUCAUUCUAAUCAUAUCCACUCAAGCAGUGGAGUGGUUGGCCAUAUAUUUUCAUCUUCUCCAGGGUUUUCAACAGAUCUCCAUUACUCGUCUGUUUCGUUGUAUGAAAACCAAUCUGAUGCACCAUUCAUUCCUGAGUCAUCAGCUAAUGAUGCAAUGUUGCAUUCUCAUUCAGAAAUUCUUUCAUCAACAAACCAUCCUACUUCUGAAAAUGCCAAUUCGUGGUGUUCAGAUGCACUGCCAGGUUUUCUGGAAGUUCCUGAAAAUAACCCUGUUGGCAAUAGUCGUGUAGAAAACAAUAGUUGCAGUUCUCUUUUGGCAUCAGAUGAUUUUAGUAAAGAAAAUGAUUGGCAAGAAUGGACGGAUAGAUUAAUGACUGAUGAUUCAUUGACUUCUAAUUGGAGUGACCUUCUAGUGGAUGCCAAUGUUGCAGACUUGGAACCAAAGAUGGAGCACCAAGCAUCUAAACCAUCAACAAAAAUGCAGGUGCAGCAAACUCAAGUUAACCAGCUUCCUUCCUCUGGGGAAAUUCCUAUGAUUGCCAUCUCAACUCCUUCGAAUGGAGCUCCCUCCAAGCCGCGAAUGCGAUGGACACCAGAACUUCAUGAUGCAUUUGUAGAAGCUGUAAACAAACUUGGUGGUAGUGAAAGAGCAACACCGAAGGGUGUUUUGAAGCUUAUGCAAGUGGAGGGUUUGACAAUCUAUCAUGUGAAGAGCCACUUGCAGAAAUAUAGAACGGCUAGAUACCAACCAGAAUCAUCAAAAGGAUCAAUGGAUAAAAGCUCUACCUCGCUUGAGGAUAUUUCAUCUCUCGAUCUCAAAACGAGUAUUGAUAUCACAGAAGCCCUACGUCUACAGAUGGAAGUUCAGAAAAGGUUACAUGAACAACUCGAGAUCCAACGAAAUCUACAGUUAAGAAUAGAAGAACAAGGGAAAUACCUUCAAAUGAUGUUUGAAAAACAAUGCAAGUCAAGCAAUAAACUGUCAAAACCAUCCACGUCCACUUUGGAGGAUUCUCCAUUCUCAGAUUCUGUGCUGGAAACUUCCCAGGUGGAAAACCGCACAGUUCACACCCGUCCAUCUGAAGCUGACUCGAAUGCCGGAAAGGCUACUGAUGAAGUAAAUGGGAAGUGCAUAGAUCCUCAUAAAGACGAUGCCCCAGAGAAUCCGGAGUCCGAUGUUUCUGAAGCUAGCUUCCAGCUAUCCAAGCGCCAAAGGACAGAAUGAGUAGGCUAUGGUCUCUGCAUUUUCUGUCUCUUGAAUUGUUAAAAGAAAAUACUGAAUUUUCAAAUGCCAGUGCAGCUUGCGGGAAAGGGUAGUCCUUGGUUUUGGCUUUGAGAAUCACAUAGGCAUUAGAUAUGUAUGAUCUCACAUUCUAGUUUAUAAGCAACCAAAGACAAUAUCCAAGUUUUGGUAACACCAUUCUCUUGUACAUUGAAAUUGUACGUACACUCAGUUGCAACUUUAGCUUUCAGUUGCUUUCUAUCCGCAACUGUUCAGGGUGUUCAGUAAGAAUUUUCUAUCACCAUUUGUGAUUCUAUAAAGUCUCUUCUUGGAGAAGAUAUCUUUUGGAA